AUGGAUUCACAGGCUAUCAUGGUGAACGAACGGUCCAGAUCACGCCGAUGCAUCUGGGUGGCGGCCGUUGUCGGAUUACUCAUGUUGGUUGGAGGUCUCGUAGCCGUAUUGGGUCCUUUAUUCUUCUCCAAAGUCAUCAUACCCAUGCUAGAAUGGGAGCAGAAGAAUCUAAGUCCCCCAGUCCUUGGCGUGGUAGCCGUUGCCAGUAUGGGUCUCUUCCCUGUAGUUCUCAUCCCCACGGGACCGUCGAUGUGGCUUAUUGGGAUUGUCUUUGGGUACGCCUGCGGUUUCAUCCUCAUUAUGGUUGGCUCCUUUAUCGGUCAAUCGCUGCCGUAUUUCAUUGGCCAUUGGUUGUUCCAUGCACGUGUGCAAGCGUGGUUGGCUGAGCACCCACGGAACGCUGCUGUGCUGCGAUUGGCUGAGGCUGGCGGCUGGUGGCACCAGUACCGGGUCACGUUGCUGCUGCGCUUCUCCCCGUUUCCGUUCCUCCUUUUCAACUACGCUGUAACAGCCACGCGCAUCCGCUACGCGCCCUACAUCUGUGCAUCGAUGACUGCCAUGAUUCCCGAAGCCUUUUUCACCAUCUACUGCGGUCGUCUGAUCAGCGAUCUGGCGAAGGCGCGCAAAUGGCACAUAACAGCGGUGGAGCUUGUGUACGAGCUGAUUGGGCUGGCGGCAGAUCAGCUCUUUGCGUACCAUAUUCUCAACCCUUUCCAAUCAUUCCCCACCCCCCUCUCCCCCCUGCCCCGCUCCCUGUGCUGCAGCGGUCGGCUGAUAAGUGAUUUAGCGGAGGCGCACAAGCGGCACAUCACAGCAGUGGAACUGGUGUACGAGCUGAUAGGGCUGGCAGCAGCGGGAGUGGUGCUGCUGCUGCUCAUGGUGCAUGGCAAGAGGGCUCUGCAGCAGCUCGAGGAGGAGGAGAGAGCCAAGCACAAGGGGCUUGAGAUGGAACAGGUGGCUAGCGGAGGUGCAGAUAGGUCGGGUGCGGUGGAGAUGGGUGCUGCCGGUGCGUUUCUCAGGGGGGAAAUGCCUGCUGCUGAGGUGGCUCUUAUUGCUGACGACCCUCAGAGUGCACAUCGUCCGAUCAUGGCGGCGAUGAUGCAGCGGUCGCUCUCAGCUGCCACGUCUGAAGACGACGAGUUCGACGAGGAGCUCGAUGGGUUCGACGACUUCACGUUGGCUUCACCAUGGGAGAGGUUCAUCGCUGCAGUGGAAGGCACUCUGCGCCAGUGGCUGUCGGAAGGCUCUGCUGCUCUUGUACAGUCAGGAGCGGCGCGGCCAGUGGAGGGCAUGCCGCUGAUGGUGUAUGUGGAGGCAGAGCACGCGCAGGGCCACAAGAACUACCGCCUCACCUACUACUUCCAGGUGACCCUGGCGAGCAGCAACAGCAUACAUCCGACGGUGGCAGCAGAGACAGCAGCGGCGCUCAAGCGCAUUGCCUCUAUCUCAGCCACGGGCCGCCCCAGCCCCUGGGAGAAGGCCGUGCACCCACUGCAGCUCUGGUUCGGCAUCCAAGAGUUUGUGGUGCUGGCACCCGUGACAGCCUCUGGAGUUGUGCUGGACUCACCUGAAGCCUCCAUGCUCCUUAGCACGCUCGCCAUCGCCUCGUUGCAUGACCCCUCCCGCAAGGCCUUCAUCGGCUUCCAGCACGGGCCCCGAGCCACCCGCACCGGCGCGGGCUCAGGCUCGGGCCGAGGCGUGCGGUCAGGUCCGGGCGCGGGAGGAGGCACGGUGGGAGGGGUGGGCGCGGGGGGCGUGGGCGACUAUCUGUUUCACUACGAGGCGGAUCGCAUCACCAGCAACGUGCCGCAGAACCUGCUGUCCCUCGACGGGCUCUACUACCUCUUUGCCUUCAAGCUGAUAGCAGAGCUCCCCAGCACGGUGGCGUCAGUGUCCCCUGAUGUGACUGUCGCCAUGCGGAUCCGCUACCGCCUGCGCUACUGGGGCUCCCCAGACGCGCCCCCGCCCCCCAAGACCCGCCCAGCAGAAGCAGGCGCAGGGGCGGGGGGCGAGGAGGGCGCAGGCGCAGGGGCGGAGGAGGAGGACGAGUUCUGGGGGCAGGAGAGGGCGUGGGACGAGGGCAUGGCGUGGAGCGUGUGGCACUCGGUGGACGAUCCGGUGAAGGGGUUUGAGCUGGUGGCCACGUGGAAGGAGCUCCGGGCGAGCAGCUCGUCGGGCAUGGCUCAGAUGGAGCAGCUGGAUGCCACUACCGCGGAUGAGUGGCUGCUUCGUGCGCUUCUCGCCCCCACCAGGACUGACUUUGACAGUGACGAUCCCCCUCAGGGCUUUGCUGGGCGGCUGCAUGCGCUGCUGGGGGCGUACGUGGUGUCCACCACAGGCCAGUACAUGGAAGACUUUAUAGCGGCUCAGAACUUUGCGCGGCGCAACAAUAUGACCAUCCCACCGCCCAGUGUCAUGGAGCGAGUGGUCAAGGACCUCUUCCACUCGAAGGAGGCACUGGCGUCAGUGUCCAAGUACAUGGGGAAGGCGUCAGAGCAGCAGGAGGCGAACUCCAUCUCUGAUGCUGACCGCGGCACCACCAUCACCACUGCCAGCAGUGUCAUCAGCAGCAUCAGCGCCACCGACACCAGCGUUACUGGCAGCGGGGUGAAGGGUCCUGCAGGAGAGGGAGCAGUUGGGGCAGGAGCGGAGGGAGGGGGAACAGAAGGUGCAGGGGGGAAGGGCAUGGAGGAGAAUGGGCUGAGUGGCAAGUUCAAGGGGGCAACGCACAUUGGCAAGGCGGCGCCGGUGGAUUCGCUCUUCUCACGCCUCGCUCUGCAUGUGCUGCGCUUCGGCACCUGCAACAUUCGAUCCGUGGCGGCGCUGUGGCUGGAGUUCACCCGAGAGCUGCGGUGGAACUGGGAGCAAGCGCUGCCCAUCCCUCGAGUCAUUGCUGACGGGCCUCCCAACACCGCCACCUGCCUCAUUCACCAGAAGCUGCAGCUGCUGCAGGAGUGCAUCAAGCGGCGGCGCAAGCAGCAGGAGCGGGAGAUGGAGGAGCGCAUGCGGCACGCAGAGCGCAUGCACCAGAUCGCCGCCGCCAAGCUUGUAGGCGAGCGCGUGGAGGAGCUUGUAAGGGGUACAGCGCUCGACGACGGCCCGACUCGCGCUGACUCGAGGCGCGGCGGCAGUGGGAGAGAGAGGGGAGGGAGGGGGAGUGAUAGGGAGAGGAGGGGCGGGAGGGAUGAGGAGGAGUGGGAGGGGAUGGAGAGGUCUGGGAGUGAGGGCGGUGGCUGGCAUGAUGGCAGGGCGGGUCGCGGGCGAGGAGGGCGGGGUUGGGACGAUGGCGAUGGGGCGAGCCCGUACCACGACGACAAGACGCCCUCGGGGGACUCGGACACGCACGGGUCGCACGACGUGGCGUUCUAUGAUGAGGGCGGCGUGGCCGAUGGUGACUCGCCUUCCCACCGCAGUGAAGAGGACCUGGAUGACCCACUCAUGGUGGGGAUUUUCAUGAAGUGGGCAUGGAGGGGCUGCAUGAGUGAUGCACCUCACUUAUCCACCACCCACCCGCGCACAACCCACAGAUAUUUUAGCGAGAGCGACGUAUCGGACGACGACACGUGGGCGGAGAGGGGCCGCACGAGCCACGGGCUCACGGGGGCGAUGGCGAGGGGGCGGCGCCGCGUGCGCCGGCGGGGGGUGGCGGGACCGGUGAAGGGCGACCUGUGGCUGCUGCGCGUGAGGCGGCGCAUGCUGGAGCCACACACACAGGACCCGGUGUUCAUGAGUGAAGACAUGAUCGAGGAGAAGGAGCGCGCUAUGGAGGCCCUGGGCAGCACCCCGGCGGGACGUGAAACUCGAGCUCGCAUGCAGAGUGAUGUUGUUGCUUCAGACAUGUCGGCUUUCAAAGCUGCGAACCCCGGGGCUGUGCUAGAGGACUUUGUGCGCUGGCACUCGCCCAACGACUGGCUGCCAAUCAUAAGCGCGGAUGAGGGCUCUGAUGACGUGGACGAUUACGAUGAUGAGUAUGACGAUGGGGGCAGGCGGUACGGGAGGGAUGAUGAUGACAGGUACGGGCGGGGCGGCCGGUAUGAGGAUCGGGAGGACAGGUACGGCAGGGGAGGAGGGGACAGGUACGGAAGGGGAGGCGAGGAGAGGUACAGGAGGGAUGACAGCUUGAGGGACGCGAGUGGGAGGUUCAGUGAUAGUGGGAGUGGGAGGUACGGGGAGAGCGGGAGGUAUGCUGAUGAUGAUUAUUCAGACAGGGAGAUUGAUAGGGAGAGGGAGCGAGAGAGAGAGAGGGAGAGGGAGAGAGGGCGAGACACGGAAGAGAGUGAUGUUGACAGAGAGGUGGAUAGGAGGGGUGGUGGCAGGGAUAGGAGCAGGGAGAGGGAGAGGGAGAGGGAGGAGGGAGGAGAGUAUGGUGGCAGAGACAAGAGUAAGAGGGAGGGGGACUCUGAUUACGACCAGGAUGGGACUCCUGGGAAAGAGAAGAAGGAGAGCUCUCUUUCUCGCCGCCCCAGCAGCAGGAGCCCCAAAAAGGACAAGGAAGAGGAAGAGGAGUUUUUUGAAGCAGCUCAGGAUGAGAAGACAGGGGAGGGGGAGGCUGGUGAGGAAAAGGCAGAGAAAGGGGAGGAUGGGAAGAAGGAAGGCAAGGAAGAGAAGGUUGAAGUGGGAGGGGAGAGUGUGGGGGAUGGUGGGAAAGAGAUUGAGAAGGAGGAGGGUGUGAAAGAGAGUGAGGUGGAAGCGACUGAGAAGGCUGUGGAGAAAGGAGAGAGGGAGGAGGACAAGGACAACAGCGAUAGGGAGAAGGAGAGAGAUGGGAGCGAUAGGGAGAGAGACAGGGAUAGGGACGCGCUCAAGGGGAGGGAGGAGGAGAGGGAGAGGGAGAGGUAUCGAAGCCCAGAACCAGACAGUGACCCAGAGAGGGAGAGGGAGAGGGCGAGGGGAAGGGGCAGCGGGAGGGGGCGAGAGGAGGGGGAGUACAGCGACGACCGCGAGGAGUGGGACGAGUUUGGCGAGCGGCGCCGCGGCCGCGACAGGCGCGACCAUCGCGACAGCCGUGACGACCGUGAUGACAGAGAUGGCCGACGUGACUUCCGUGACGGCCGUGACAGGCGCGGCGACCGGGAUGAUGGUGAUGAUUAUGAUGAGCGCGACUGGAGGGACGACGGCAUGAGGAGGCGGGACAGCGACGAGCACGAGCGUGGCGGGCGCAGGGGGGGGAGAGGGAGAGGCGGCGGCCGCGGGAGGGGUCCCGGUGGUGGUGGUGGAGGGAGCAGGAGGAGGCGGUACCGCGUGGAUGGGUUGGGGUGGCCGCCCAGGGGGAGGUUGUCGGAGCGCAUGGAGGAGGUGCAUGGCAACCUGUGGCGCGAGCUGUGGGACAGCGCUGAGCCUGAACCUGCUCAUGAGCAGAGGCCUAUUUUCCACUUCGACCUGGAGGGCGAGAAGAUCCUGCACUACCUUGACACGGUUGUACCCGAGGAGCUGCUGGGGCAGCUGCUGGCGACGUGCUUCUCGUCCGCCGUGCUGCUGCUGGGCCGUGACCAGGGGGGGCGGGAGGAGCCCGUGGCGGAGCAGAGGCAGCGCGUGGCCGGCAUGGUGGCCAGCAUGUGGCAGUGGCUUGAUGACCAGAGCGCUGGUAGUUGCUCCGAUGAACGAGUCGAAGACUUGGAGGUGCUGCUGAGGGCGUUCACGCGCAUGGAGGCCACAGCCAUGGUGGCAGCCUCCCUGUGGAAGCGCCUGCAGGGCUGCUCGCGCCUGGUGGCCAAGCUGCUGUCUGAGAGAGCCCUCAAUGCCACUGAUGUGCCGUCCGUGCGCCUGCUGCCCGCGCCCAUCCGCCUGCCGCACCUGCCU